AUGUUGUGGCAAUACGUGCUGGCCGCACUUCUCGUCGCGGAGGGUUGUUUGGCCCAUGUUGGAUACCAAGUUGUAAACGGAGAUGACGCUAAGCCCAAGGAGUUCCCUUUCAUCGUCUCAAUUCAGUUGAAAAAUUCAAAAACCGGUGCGAACGAACACUUAUGCAGUGGCUCAAUUCUCAGUGAAAUCUUUGUCGUAACGGCUGCUCAUUGCGUCAAGGACAAGUCAGCCAAAGACCUGAAUGUUUACGCUGGUAAAUAUUACAUCAAUCGAAGGGAGGAUGGUCAGCAAGUUUUGCCUGUGAAGCUCGUCAUUCCCCAUCAGAAAUACGACGAGGAAACCAAAGAAAACGACAUUGCUUUGUUGCAUCUGGAAAGCCCAAUAGUAUUGAGUGAUACUGCUGCCAAAAUUGGUCUGCCCGAUUCAACCAGUCCAGCUGGACCAUUCGCUAUGGCUGGCUGGGGUUCGAUGUCGAACACCGAGACGGCCUACUAUCCACGAGUUCUUCAAAAAGUUACCGUUCCAAUCGUCCUCAAUGCCGAUUGCGUUUCUUUAAUGCGCGAACGGGCUGAUGGUGUUAAAAUCUACGAAUCUCAAUGGUGCACUGGACCAAUUCAAGGUUCCGCUGCUGCAUGCACUGGGGAUGGCGGUAGUCCUCUUGUGGACGCUGCUACGCCAACGAUGCUCUAUGGAAUCGUCUCACAGUGGACAUUUCCCUGCGGAACUGGAGAGCCUACGAUCUCUACACGUGUAUUACCGUUCGUUGAGUGGCUCACGAAAUCUGUGAAACCUUUGUCUAAAGAUUGUUCGGCUCGCGCCGGAUAUCAAAUCAUUCACGGGGAUGAAGCGCCGCCACAUCAAUUACCUUCCAUCGUCUCAAUCAUGUCGGGAAAACCGGCAACCGGUAAGUACAAACACAUUUGCGGCGGCACGAUCCUUAAUGAAAAGUGGAUUCUGACGGCCGCGCACUGCAUCACGAAAACCCCACCGGAUGAACAACUUGAAGUUUACGCUGGCAAACAUAUCAUCAAUCAGAGAGAAAAAGGCCAACAAGUGUCGAGCGUAAGGCUCAAGAAUUCAAAAUUUUGGAUAAAACGUAGAUCGAACGAUCUUCAUUACAGAGACACGGGCGAAAACGACAUCGGCUUGUUGCGCCUGGAAACUUUUAUGAAAUUCACUUCGAACGUCAAAGCUGCAACGUUACCGCCACGCUACAAAAUCCACACCGGGAAAACGGUGCUCUACGGUUGGGGCUCAAUCUCGACGACCGAUUCGCCCGAGUAUCCAUCAGUCCUUCAAACGAUAACCGUUCCCAUUAUCCCUAAAGACAUUUGCUACGAUGCGGUGCACGAAUCUCCUGGUGAUCUUCGACUUUUCAAUACUCAAUUGUGUACGGGACCCGACGAUGGCACCAAGUCCGCAUGUCUCGGAGAUGGCGGCGGUCCUCUUGUACAGUACGGCGACCAAGCUAAUACAGAGCUCGUAGGAAUCGUCUCGUGGGGAGCUGUGCCAUGUGGAUCUGGUGAUCCCACAAUCUACACGAGUGUAUCUUUUUACAUUGAUUGGAUAAAUCACCACAUCAAAAAUAUAUAAUCGGAGUGAACUUAAUCGAGAGAUACGGCAGCAGCUCGACGUCGAGUAUUAAAAAAAAACACCGACGCUUUUUUUCAUUCAUAAUUUCUCUGAACAUUUGACCGGUCAUUGAAGAAGAGUUACUGAGACUCCAGAUCCAAGAAAAACUUUCAUUGCCGAAACAACUCGAGCUCAUCAGAAAGGCGCUCUUUUCUGUUUAGGCUCUCAUCGUCGAAUCUUUUUUAUUUUUCGAACCUUCGGAUUCCAAUCAAUUUAUGAAAAGACGUGCCACUGCAUAACCAGAAGGAGGGAAAAGACGAAUUGAACGAGAUGGAUGCUCAAUUUAUUGUAAUCUCCUACUUGAGGACACCCCUUAAAAUG